GUGUGGCUUCUGAUCCUUCUGUGUGCAUCGUUGGUAGUGCUGGGAGGAUGGCUGGGCUCCACUGCCAUUGUAGGGGCUUCAGGUCAAUUGCACCUGGAACGAUUCAUUUCAAUUACCACCUGCCCUCCAUGUCCCGAGGCAGAAAGGCAUCUGGAACAGGAGAUUAACUGCACCAUCCAGAUGAUUAUCCGAGACUUCGUGCUAUCCUGGUAUCGUUCUGUGAGCCAUGAGAAGACAUUCGAGGCGGAGAUGGAGGCAUCCAUGAAAGGGUUGGUUCAGGAGCUUCGAAGGCGGAUGAGCAUAGUGGACAGCCAUGCUCUUACCCAGAGGGUUCUGACUCUCUGUGGCUGUCACCUGCAAAGCUAUAUUCAGGCGAAGGGGGCUACUGCAAAGGAGCAGAGCUGUCCAGUUGAGCCCUCCCAGCUGUGGGAUGCUUACUGCCAGGUUACAACUCCCCAUCCUGCCAUGAGCUGUCCCACCACUGAGGUCACUUACGCACGUGGCAUUGUGAAUUUGAUACUAAAAGAGUUAGUGCCCAAGCCCCACCUGGAGACUAGGACCGGACGCCAUGUUGUAGUCGAACUCAUUACUUGCAAUGUAAUCUUACCGCUGAUCAGCAAGCUAUCAGAUCCUGACUGGAUCCACCUUAUACUUGUGAGUAUCUUUUCCAAGUACAAACAGGAUGCAGCACAAGGAACUAAACCCCCCAGCUCACCCUGUGUCCUAGAGCAGCCCUCAGUGCCCACAUCUCUGCCAUUGAUGGUUGAAGUAGAGAGUCUGCCAGUAGGAAAAGCAUCUUCUCCAGUAGCAGCCCCAGUACACUUAGCCUCCAGUGAGCCAGCCCCCUCCCCAGAGAUUGAAGAAGGCCACGAAGCUGUAGAGGGAGAGUUGCCUGGGAUGCUUGAAGAGAGAAAAGUAGGGAAUAACUCAUCCCAUUUUCUACAGCCAGAUAUCCGAGGCCCCUUGUUCUUGUGUGAAGACUCAGAACUGGAGUCACCACUGUCUGAACUGGGCAAAGAAACCAUCAUGCUGAUGACCCCAGGCAACUUCCUUUCGCACAGGAUUCAGGAUGCUCUGUGUGCCCUAGACGAUUCCCAGGCUCUGGAGCCUAGGGAUGGCGAGGGGUCUGAGUGCAUGGAAGGAGCAGAAGCUGAGGAGGCUCCAGGAGCAGAAACAGAGACAGGCACGCUGGUCUCCAUGCUUAAUUGCCCAGAGAUCCAGAUUGACCCAGCAGACAAGGAGGCGGAGCAAGGAGAUGACGCGUCUCUUACAGCCUUGCUGGAAGAACCGGAAAAACCCUGUCUCCAGCGACCUUCGUGCUUAGACAAAGGUCUCGGCAGUGGUGCGUGCUCCCUUGAGCCUGCUGUGCCUCCACUGUCACUUUCUUCCUCUCCCCCUGGUCCUCUCAGCUCAGCCACCUUCAGCUUUGAGUCCCUGAGCAGUCCUGAUGGCCCAGUUGUCAUCCAGAACCUUCGAAUCACUGGCACCAUCACGGCCCGAGAGCACAGUGGGACUGGAUUCCACCCGUACACGCUGUACACCGUGAAGUAUGAGACAGCCCUCAGUGGCGAGAACAGCAGCGGCCUACAGCAGCUGGCCUAUCACACCGUAAACCGCCGCUACCGGGAGUUCUUGAAUCUGCAGACCCGCCUGGAGGAGAAACCAGAUCUACGAAAGUUUAUCAAAAACGUGAAGGGUCCAAAAAAGCUCUUUCCAGAUCUUCCAUUUGGAAACAUGGACAGUGACAGAGUAGAAGCCCGGAAGAGCCUCCUGGAGUCAUUCCUGAGGCAACUCUGUGCCAUUCCUGAGAUUGCCAACAGUGAGGAGGUGCAGGAGUUCCUCGCUCUGAACACAGAUGCUCGGAUUGCCUUUGUCAAGAAGCCGUUCAUGGUCUCUCGGAUAGACAAGAUGGUGGUGAGUGCUAUCGUGGACACCUUGAAGACAGCGUUUCCUCGCUCUGAACCCCAGAGUCCCACAGAGGAGCUGAGUGAAGCUGAGAAUGAGAGCAAGCCCCAGACAGAAGGCAAGAAGGCUAGCAAGUCCAGACUGAGGUUUUCAUCCAGUAAAAUUGCCCCCGCACUGAGUAUAGCUGAGGCACAGGACAAGAUUCUGUACUGCCUCCAGGAAGGCAAUUCGGAGUCAGAGGUCCUGUCCAUGUCUGGGAUGGAAUCUUUCAUUGAAAAGCAGACAAAGUUACUGCAAAUGCAGCCAGCGGAAGUCCCAGAUAAAGAGCCCCAGCAAGUCCCCAAAGAAUCUGUGGAUAGUGGUUUGCUGGAUAAAGCUGUGGUAUCCCAAGAGCUCAACAAGAGUGACCCAGGAACAGAGACAGAGUUAGCUGACACGGCCUUCGAUCUGAUCCUCCUGCUGUUAAUGGAGCAGUGGAAAUGGCUGUGUACCGAAAACAUGCAGAAGUUCCUCCGCCUUGUUUUUGGAACGCUAGUUCAGAGGUGGCUAGAAGUACAGGUGGCUAAUCUAACAUGUCCCCAGCGCUGGGCACAAUACCUCCGCCUUCUUCGGGAAUCUAUCUGGCCUGGUGGAGUGCUGCCCAAGUUUCCACGGCCUGGAAGGACUCAGGCACAGAAAGCAGCUACUGAGAAGCAGGCUUUGCAGAGUUUGAUGGGUCUCCUUCCAGAUUUUUUAGUAGAAAUCUUGGGGGUGCACAAGUGCCAGCUGAGCUGGAGUCUUGUCUUGGAAUCAUUCCAGCAGCCCCUCAUCAACAGACAUUUGAUUUACUGCCUUGGAGACAUUAUCCUGGAGUUCCUAGACCUCAGUGCCGCUGUUGAAGAGUGUGCCCCAACCACCUCUGCCUCAGAUUCCCCAGGCAGCCUCAAGAAGAUGGCGGUCUCCACUUAGCCAGGAGUUAUUCACACCAUCUUCAAAGACUUGAAAAGGAGAACUAUUCCACUUCCAGAGCAGCUACGAUGCCUGUGCCCUCUGGAGCUAGGCUAGCUUAGCUGGCCCCCGUCUCAGGGACUCAGCUGCCCUACCAGGCCUCCCUCAGUAGCAUGUGACAGAGCUGCAUAGCCUCCUUGCAUGUGUAGCUGUUUCCACAGUCUUUGGCGUGUGGAUUGCUGUGAGGAGGUCUUGUUUCCUUGGGAACAGAAGCUAUGAGGCAGAGGCUUUUCCUUUGCCAUCUCGCCAUCGUGGUUUGCCAACAGCAUGGCCCUACGCGUGCAUGCACUUAAUCCACAAUGUACAAGUGGUAGGUAAUACAGAAGAAAGACUGUAGCCAGAUUUCCUGGGAGGAGAAAAUGGUCUCCUGAGCUCUCUUUUCCUACCUGGAAACUAAACAUUCGUUCAGGAUCACUCCCUCACCCUGCCUAGUUUCCCAACAAUUCCAGAAGAGGGAAGGAAAGUAUGUCUCCAGGGACUUGCUAUUUUCUAACACAGAGGACUUCUAAGGGGUUUCAAGAACACUGUUUCCUUGGGUGGCUAUACUUUUCCUGUCCUUCUGGCCUCAAAGCACGAUGUCAAACUUCUGGUAAUUCCACUCCACCCUUCACACCCUUUCCUGCGAUGGGAUUACACAGCAGAUUUUCUUAACUUUCCUCCCAGUCCAUACCCAAGAGCAAAUGCGUUUUGAAUUUGUAACUUUCCCUCUAUCAACAGCAUCACAUGGCAGGUUACGUAUUUGGCCUCAGUAUUUCCAAAGAGAAGGGAAAGUACUUGUUCCAGGGCUGAGGGUGUACAAAGAAUAGAAGUCAGGGGGUCUGUGGGGAUCCUUCCACAAGACUUUGGCAAGAAUAAUAUAACAGACUUGCAGGAAACAGAUUGUAGUUUCUGUUCCUUAAAGAUUGAGUUAGUCCUUAGGAGUCCAACACUAAAAGCAGAGCGCUCUGUGUCCACUGGAAAGAAGGAACAACUGAGAGCAGUUAGAAGGAAAGGGAGUUGGAGGAGAAGUCACAAGAGAAGCUGCUGCCCGGGAAAUGCAGGGCAGCCAUAGGAGACCAUAGCCAACCCUCAGCUCAGUAGACCUGUGUAGCUCUGGCCUGGCUACACUAAACUACGGGAUCCACGUGAAUUAGGGUUAUGGAGAAAGCCGGUGAGAAUUGGGAAGGCAUCAAGAGCCAGCAUCAACACAGACUCUGAAGUAUGUGAUGAACACACAAUUAAAGUUGUUCAUAGAAAAGGGGUUGUGAGACUGUGUUACUCUCCUGCCCUGAGAGAUUCCUAACUGGACAUUGUAAUGUGACUGGGAGGCUUGCCAUGCUGUUCUUACUUAAAAGGAGAAAACAGUGAAUGAGAUAAAGUUUCAUUGCCUCUUCUGGUCUUGAAGCUUGGCUUGAUGUCUCCACAGUUCUUGAAGUAUCCCCUUCCCUAGGCCUGCAGAGACAAAGGUAAUUCAGCAUGUUGUCCUCUGAGUGCCUGCUAGGGAUAUGGUUUCCAGGGAUACCUUAGAGCUGAUCCUGUGGCUCCUGGAGUCAAGGCUACUUCUGUAUUGGUGGAAUGAGCAACCCUGAUUUCUGAAAGUCUUCUCUCCCAACGCCCACCCCUUCACAUGGCCGUAGCCACCCGUGUGCAUUUGAGUCUGCUGUCAUUUCUGGUGCACACACCCACAAACACUGUUACUAACCCAACGCACCAUGAGUUCCUGUGGCAGUGAAGUCUAAGGGGUCUUUUCAUUCCUGCAGCCCAGAGAACAUCCUUAUGUUUCAUUUUAUAUAAGAGGGUCCAUUUUACUCCUCCUGCCCUCAAAGGAUAAACUAUCCUAAAGAAAGAAAUAAUAUCAAAACCCAUCCAGCUUUGAAAAAGACCUGUGAAGUUUGAUAGCAGCUUCAGGCCACAAGAUCUCCAUCCUAUGGGAGAGAGCCACUGGCGUUAGAAUGAUGCUCCAGGCUGGAAGUGGAAAAGCAGGGAGAACUGAGCCCACAUUGGUCCACUUCAUUUCUUUCCUGUUUGGCCGUUUUAAGACUCAGUUUACUCAUUUAAGUCAGAAUAUUAAAAUCUGAAAUAAGACCAAUACCCAUUCUGUCUUGAUUGCCCAUUUGUAGAAAGAUGAGGGCUGAGUGGAUACUGAGCUCUCUCUGGCAAUUUCUAAUUGCCGUCAUUGCUGUUAAUUAUUGAAGUUCAGGAACUCUGUAUGUAAUUAUGUAAUUUUAUAUAAGUACAAUAUAUAAUAGCCCACAAUUUUUAUUUCUAAGCUUUUGGAUUAGGUUUUGUAGAACCUAGAAGGAAAACACUCUCCUAAAUCUAAGCUUAGGAAAUGUGAAAUUUUUAAAAUUAAUGGAAGUUUCUAGCAUAUAACAUGAUCUUUUGUUGUAAGGGUGCCAUGGAAUUUUCUCUAUAAACACUGUUGUACACCACAUCUCUAGAACAUUUCCCUUGUGGAUAACACUAUACUCAGUAAACAGCAAGCUCCCCUGUUCCCUGGAGGGCGGUGGUAUUUGACAGUCGCCAUUCCACAUUCUGUGUAUGUGCAUCUAUAAACUGCAAGUGAGUGGAGUUGUGUAGUGUUUGCCCUGUAACGGACUUAUUUCUCUUGGCAUUAUGGCCUCAGGUUCAUCUAUGC